AUGCAACACAAGCUUGGUCUGGUUUGGGCUGACAACCGCCCACAGUGGAAUCGGUUGGCGCAUCCUCCUUCGGAUGCUGGAUUGAGAGAUAGGCUCAAUGGAUCGUGCUGUGCUCAGAAGGCUUGGAUCGAUCGUGGCACACUCGCCCUCACUGCAAGCACCACAGCCUGCAGCUUCCACAGGCGCUCCAGGCGCCCAUGCUUCCUUUGCCGAUAUCGCUGGCACAGGCCGGAUGAAGCUUGCCAAACCAGGGACGAAGUUUCAACCCAGGCUAUUGGGCCAGACGCCAGCGAUGUGUCUUCGUUGCCUUCCCAAGCAGCUACUCUAGCACUGGCAAGAGGGCACAACGUUUCCGACAGCCUGCCAUUCCUGAGAAGGGCAGUGAAUCAAGGUGAGCUGACAGAUCCGUCGUUGCUGAACGCCGUCCUCACAGCAUGUGCCAAGCAGCGUGGAAAGGUCAGGGCUGAUAUGAUCCUACAAGAAAUGCAUCAGGCAAAGGCUCUGACAGACACGGUGAGUUUCAACAUUGCCAUAAAUUGCUGCGCGCAACGGGGGGACGCAGAGUCUGCUGAGAGAUGGUUUGAGGAAAUGACCCAAAGCUUCUUGCAGCCCGACAUCAUCAGCUACAACAGCAUGGUGAAAGCGAGCCGGAACACGCUUGACGCCGCAGAGAAUUGGAUGUACGAGAUCUCCCGGCGCUUGCUCCAGCCAAAUGAAGUCAGCUUUGGGAGCAUGCUCGAUGCCUGCGCACGAACUGGUCAAAUGGGCAGAGCUGACCUGUGGCUUGGGAAGAUGCAAUUGGCCAGGAUGCACCCUGGCCAGCACUGCUACACAAGCUUAGUGAAGGGAGCCGCGCAAAAUGGCGACUUUUGUGCUGCUGAGAAGUGGAUGCUGAAGAUGGAGGCAGAAGGCUAUGUCGAUGAGAUGAGCUAUGGUAGCAUGCUGAAGGCUUGCAGCUCAACUGCCUCUGUGAAAACCGCUGAAAGGUGGUUUCAAAGGAUGCUCGCGAAUCGAGUUCCAGCCAACACAGUGAUCAUGUCGAGCUUGCUUGAUACCUAUGCGGAAGCUUGUGACUCAGCUGGAGCAGCGCGCUGCUUCGAAAAAUGCGUGCAGUUGGCAGUGCAGCCAGAUAUCCAGUGCUAUGGCGCUUUGCUAAAAGCGUGUGCUAAUGCUGGAGAUACGACCGCUUCGGAGAUUUGGAUGAACACGCUGUUACAUUCAAAAUUGGAAGUAAGCACAAUGGCCUUCAACCAUGUCAUUAAUGCGUACGCCCUCAGUUCACAACCGAGCAAAGCCUCUGACUGCUUUGAUGCUUUGCUCCGGUCUUCCUGCACGCCGGAUACAGUGACGUUCAGCACUCUGGUGAAAGCAAAUGCCAAGCUGGGACUUUACAAGAGAGCAGAGGAUUCGUUAGAUCAAAUGACGAGCCUCAGGCUCAAAUCUAGCCUGGUCGUUCUAAACAGUGUCAUAAAUGCAUGCGCGCAAGCUGGAAAGAUCAAACGCGCGGAGCAGUGGCUCAGAAAUGCGUCCUCAAUGCAGUUGCAAGCAGAUGUGCUGAGUUUCAAUGGAAUUAUGCAUGCUUGUGCUGUGCGGGGGCAGUUGUCCAGAGCAGAAGAAUUGCUGGAACAAUUGGUUUCUUCACACUUGGAUGACAUCUACACCUACAACAGUCUGAUUAAUGCCUGCGUGGAGAGUGGCGAAACUGAACGUGCGGAACACUGGUUGGAGCAGAUCCGCUUGCGAAGACUUCAGCCAAACCGAGUCUCGUUCAGCAGUCUGGUAAAGGGCGCUGCGCGGAUUGGCGACGUAGAAGAGAUGCAAACCUGGUUCGAUCGCAUGUGGGAGGCUGGUAUUGAGGAUGAGAUGGUUGAUCUACUUCCUGAGGGGCCAGCAAGGACCGGAAGUCCAUUGAGAAAGGCGUUGUACCGAUUUCGCUCUUUUGGGGAGCCUGAGCUGGUAGAGGUAUUGGAGAGCGCAUUGGAACUCCAGUGGCUUCACGGUUAUCCUCGGGUACCUGCUGGAGAGCCGCAGCUUACCCAUGGGACGUACAAGUACUUGUCCGGAAUGCAGCCCUUGACAGUGCGACGAAUGCUUGACUUGGUGCCUGCAGCAGGAACCAUCCUAGAUCCUUUCUGUGGAUCAGGAGCAGUCCUGAUAGAAGCGCUGGCCCAAGGGAAGAGUGCCAUUGGCUGCGAUGCACUUCCGUUGGCCGUGUUCGUCUCAUAUCACCAUUGUGAUGCAGGUAAGCCCGACCUGGACAAGCUCAAAGUUGUGGCGAGAGACGUGGCAAAGCCAACCAGUGGAAAGGUGAAGGACUGGCAAAGCAUUCAAGAAGGUGUCAAGAGACUGUCGCAAUCGCCAGAGAAGAAUGCUCUUUGGUUCGCUUUGGUGGUAGGAUUCAAAAUAGCCGCGCAAGGGAGCGCUGAUGUGCGAGAGGAUGCGGGAGGAUCCUUCAUGGCAGCUGUUCACAGAUAUGCUUCCAGGGUGCAGGAUCUCAGAGAGAUGUCACUCAAUUGGCAAAGCCAAGGCAGUAUGGGAAGACUUCAGCUUUACAAUUGUGAUGUGCGACAUCUUUGCUUGGGGUCACCAGUGGAUGCGAUCCUCACAUCGCCGCCCUAUCCUGGAGUGUACAACUACCUGCCGCAGAACUCCAACCAGGAACAACAGGAAUCGGACAAAAUUGAGGCUGCAGCCUUGCAAGACUUUGGGCGCGGUGCGCAGAGUUCCUCCUUUAUCCAAAUUAAUCACUUUGAUGAAGCUGCUCAUCUUGAAGCGCAGGAGAUUGGGGCACGACGUUCUUGGGCGAGCUGCUCUAUGACAGAGUACUUUGAGGAAUGGCAGUCUCAGCAGGAGCAGUGGAUGAGACUGGCACACAGCUGCCUGAAACCAGGUGGCAGUGCUACGCUCAUGAUAGGCAAUGGUGAUUCUUCACGGGAGAACGGUUUUGAUAAUUUGUCCUCCACUGUUGCGGCUGCGGAAGCUGUGGGGUUCGAGAUGCGUGGAUGGGCAACAAUCGAGUCCUGCGCAGAUGAGACUCACAGGACCAAGGGCAUGCAAAGAACCGAGCACAUGCUGCACUUGGUAAAAGAGUUCUCUUUGCCCUGA